AUUUUUAUGAUUUCAAAAUUAAUCCACAACAUAGGGUGUAAACAGAAAUAUGUUCAUUGUGUCAUCAAAUGACACCAAGUGUUACUUAGUUGAAGUUAUUGCUUUCAUCUUACAAUAUCUAAAAAAAGAGUUAAGUAACCACCUAGUUCAAAGUGGUUCUGGCGUACAAAUUUCUGACUUCGACUGGGUGAUAACUGUUCCUGCUAUUUGGCAAUCAAGAGGAAAAAGGAUGAUGAGAGAAGCAGCAUACCAAGCUGGUUUAUGCACAACUUAUAAGACCAUUGAUCGUUUCAUUCAAGUUGGUUAUGGCAUGCCAAAGCAAGAUGAAGAUAAUCCUGACAAGCUGUCGUUAGCUCUUGAGCCUGAAGCUGCUGCAAUCUACUGCCAAACAAUGAGCAGUAAAGCCAUGCCUGACCACUGCAAGAUUGAUGGCUCGAUUAAAUCUGAUCGAUACCUUGUUAUAGACAUAGGAGGUGGAACUGUUGAUAUUACCGCUCAUCGACACAAUGAAGAGCAAGGAAUUGAAGUCAUUACCGAGCCAAUUGGUAAUGAUUGCGGUGGCAUGAAGGUUAACCAGGAAUUUUCCAAACUGUUGCAAAAAAUUGUAAAGGAUGAAGGGUGCUGUGCUUUUUCUCGAUUCCUAGAUACAAAGGAAAGUGGGGUACUUGCUACAAGGAAAGCAAUUAUUAAUAAAUUGUUAAAUUUAUUCGAAACAGCAAAAGUCACUUUUGGAAAUACAGCAUGUGGAAAAGAUUCUCUUCCAGUUGGACAAGAUGAUGAUGACAUUGCUAUUGAAUUACCUUAUCAAUUUGUUGAAUUCUAUGGUGUUGAGGAAAUUGAAUCUGGUGUUGCAGCAUUGCAAGAUGAUCGCAUUGAGCUUGAUGAUACAACUUUGUACAUGAAGUUUUCGCUUGUUGCAGAAUUAUUUCAACCAGCCAUUGAUGGAAUACUUAGUUGCACUGCCUCUGUUCUUGAGCGCCUGAAAGGUGAUAUUGACACAAUUUAUCUUGUUGGAGGGUUUGGAGGAUGCAAGUAUGUUUAUGAGAAAAUAUCAACACUUAAUCAGGCAAAGUAUAAAGAGCAUAACAUUCGAAUCAUUGUUCCUAAAGAUCAUUCGUUAGCAGUAGCCCAAGGUGCAGUGAAGUACCGGCUGGAGCCAGACAUCAUUUGCUCUCGAAUUAUGGAUGCUACGUAUGGCACUGACAUAUGCCCUCCAUAUUUACCUGGACGACAUGAUAGGAAGUAUUUCGUUGGCAUUGAUUCUCGUGGCAUACCAAGACGACGUGAUGUUUUGCUUCAUUAUGUUGACAGAGGUGAAGUCAUUAAAAGUGACGAGGUUGUAACAGCAGAACUCUGUCCAUUAAGUGAUGCUGCCAAAUCAAUGAAAAUUGAUCUGUAUAGCACAUUAGAUAAAGAUCUUGAGUACAUAAAAGAUGAAGAAGAGAAGCCAAUUCCCUCCGUGCGUAAAAUAGGUCAAAUAGAAGUAGACAUGCCCAAUCAAGAAUCUCUACCUCGAGAAAAACGUCUUGUAGAAAUGACGAUGGACUUCAGUCACACUGAGAUACAAGUCAGGGCUCACUACACAGUAACUGGUAUGCAAGUCAAAACAACACUAGAUUUUUUGACUGAUAAUGCUACACAGUAGAUAAAGCUAUUA